AGAGGCCGGAGGGAGAGGAGGCGAGGGGUGGCCCGAGCGCGGGGCGGGAGCGAGGCCAGCGGUCAUGUGCCCGUGUCCCCUGCACCGCGACCGCGGCCCCCCGGCCGUGUGCGCCUGCAGCGCGGGUCGCCUGGGGCUGCGCUCGUCCGCCGCGCAGCUCACCGCCGCCCGGCUCAAGGCGCUAGGCGACGAGCUGCACCAGCGCACCAUGUGGCGGCGCCGCGCGCGGAGCCGGAGGGCGCCGGCGCCCAGCGCGCUCCCAACCUACUGGCCCUGGCUGUGCGCGGCCGCGCAGGUGGCGGCGCUGGCGGCCUGGCUGCUCGGCAGGCGGAACUUGUAGGAACGCCGGGCUUCUUGGUGGGGCCGGAGCCGAGACCCAGCCGGAGCGAGCAACAGGUUGGUGAAAACCCUGUGUCCUUGGAGAAAGCUGGUUCCCGUUUUCCAGAGGGGGAGCCCAGAGCUUGAAAGGCCUCGGUUGGCACUUCGAGAAGGAAGUGGAGAGUAAAGACAGUGCCUGGAGUGAUCGUAGAAACACAGAAUGGGACUGGGGAAGCCCUUUGGAAAUCCAGCUGCAGAAACAGACACCCCAAUGCUAUUUACAUACAGCUCUAUAUAUAUAAAAAAAUAUGAAUAUUACGUAUCAGUGCAUGCCUUGUUGAGGACGUGGUUGCCUUCCUUUUCUGCACCUUGCGAUGUGAACUUUGAUAUUCUGUAAUGUCUGGGGCGCCAGAAGAGAGAUGCCUGCUGUGUACUUAGAAACUAUUUGCAAAGACUGGUGGGAAUUAGCCCCAGCAUCGGCCAACUGCCUGGGGAUAGAUGCUGGUGGAAUAAGAGGUAACAGUGCAAAAGGCAUGAUAGAAAAAAAAAAAGUGAGGACUUGGGGCCAAUUGUGUAGGGGCAGUCUGGGAUGCCUCCAUUUCUUGACUCGUCCUAGCCUCUCCCUCUAUACUUACCUAGGUCGAUCGCUAGAUCCCACUGUCACGUCAAGAGAAAUGGGAUUUUUGUGUCUCUGGUGCUUCACUUAAAAUUUUGCUGGUGCUAAGUGCGUUCCUGCUGGUGCUGCUGUGGUAUUCUGUUGACAGACUUGGAAGGCCAGGGGACAAGAGAGAUUUCUAUUUUGCUGUUUCAGAUUCUUUUUUUUUUUUUUUAAGGGACAGGUUGCAAAAGUGCCACUUGAGAGUCUCUUCUCUUUUUCUACGUGGGGACAAAUAUCCAGAGGUGGUUUGGAGCAAACCUUGGGGUCUAGGAGGGAGGAUGGCAUUGAGAGGCUUGCUGGUUAUGAGGCAGAAAGCUGACCUUAUGCAUGACUUGGUUGCUAUCUCCCCCACCCCCACAAAAGUGUCCUCGGAGUUCAGCCCACAGCCUCCUCCGCUCCCCAAGGGGAUUUCAGGGUUUAGGUUUUAUGGAUUAAAGAGCCAAGAAAUGGCUACAUUCUGGUCAAAGAUGAUUUAUAACUGGGGGAUGUUGGGGGAGGGAGCGGGCCAUUUAAAUGAAAUGCACCAGCAUCUCACUGAUUGACAGAGGUCUGAUUUUUUCCCCCCAAGGAUAAGCUACUAUUUUCAGAAGUUUCUAGAAGGGCUAAGAAAAGAUGUGUGCUGGAUGGAGACUUGGCUGCAAAGACUCUUCAGGGAGCAGUGAUUAUUUUUUGCUUUCAUUUUCGAAAAAUCCAACAUAAGCAGGUGUUCUUCCUCUGUGCAGGAUACCACACACUGCCAUUUUCAAAGCCGAGGUGGCGAGGUGUCGGGCUGCAGAUUCGGACGGUCAUUCUCCAAGGCUGGAUUUGCAGGUCACCACCCUGUACCUAUAGACAGAGGGUCCAGCAGGCUGGUUAGCAGACACUGCUCCAGUUCUAAGACGCCAGCAGUGGGAUCCACGUUUAAGGUGGAUGCAGCUGAAAUGGGAAUUAUCCCCCCACAGGCUUUGCUGUACAGUUCUAAGAAGCCAGCAGUGGGAUCCUCAUUUGUUAAGGUGGAUGCAGCUGAAAUGAGAAUUAUCCCUCCAUAGGCUUUGCUGUAAAUGACCAGGUCCUUUAG